GCUUCUACUGGUGUACACAGAUUCACUCACGAUCUGACGCCCGCUGGGACGGAGCGCCACAUCUGGGGACAUUGGGCCAUGAGAUAGGACUCCGGACGAACGAUUUACGACAGAACCAUGGCCGAUGCCGACUCGACACCCGCCCCUGCGACAGCCUCGAAGCCACCCGCGAGCGAUGCUCCGACUGCACCGGCCACGAAUGGCGACCGUGAACUGUCCCCGUACGAGCUCGACGUCAAGAAGCUCAAUGCUUUGCCCACUGAGCAGCAGGGUCUCUAUCUCUUGACCUUCACCGCCAACCUCGCCCAGCAUAUCGAUGAGCUUAGCGCAGACCAAGUCACUGCUGAACAGGGCACGAUCAAGAAAGAGCUGCUUAAAGUCGUCAAUUUGCCCUCACCUGCGCCAACGAGAGUGAUACGUAAGAAUGUGGGGAGGAGCUUCGCAGGUGUAUUUGCCAAAGGGAGCAGGAGGGUGUUGUUCGAGACUAUUACAGAUCUGGUGGCCAUCGUGAACGCGGGCAAGGAGAAGGACCUCAGGACAAAGCAUGCGGCAAUACAUUGUCUGGGUAUCGUGUUUGCCACUGCAGGCGAUAGUGCUAUCAGCCAUUCCCCGCUCGCCUGUACUGCUAUUCUCAAGCAGCUGAAAGGCGCCUCAAAUGAUGCGGGUCUGAGAAGUGCCAUAUUUCGCGCCUCGGGCAGAAUUGCCAAAGGAAUUACAGUGGCGAUAGAUGAGGAAGUUGGGCGAGCCAUAUGGAAGCAAGCCAGAAAUGCUGCCAGCAAUGACAAGUCUCUCCUUACUCAAGCGAGUGCGUGCUAUGCGCUGGAACAGCUUGUGUCAACCACAACGUAUUUCGACAAUUCGAAUGACUUUGAAAAGUUGCAAACUGCGGUAUGGAAGACUUUGGAGAGUCCGUCAAUCCCAGUGCGGCAUGCAGGCGCAUCGUGUCUUGCGACACAACUUGUAAAAGCACACACGGAUGUUGCCAACAGAGACAUUAUACCCAGGAUCAAGAAGCCAAAGAAGUCAAAGAAAACUGCAAAACCAGAAGACUUGGAAGAAGAGGCCGAGCGCGCUUCCUCGCCGGUGCCCGAUAAGCCCGCCACCGCUCUGUCAUACACGCUGCCCGAGAUUCUCAAGAUCUUGUCCUCCUUGUUCUGUAGGCCGUCAUCAUCGAAUCGAACACGAGUGGGAGUGGCAGUAUGCUAUAUCAAAGUGUUGAAAGGGCUUGGCGCAGGAGUCGUCGAAACGAAGUACAACGAGAUUGCACGCCAUCUGUUCUCAGACGUCUUGGACUUUCCUGGUUGGCACUCAAACAGGUAUCGUCAAUUGAUGGCACGCAAGACCGUUCGUGUCAUUCUCGAACAGACCGUGGGACCAAUGUUGGGCGAGACUGCUCAGCUCAACGCUUGUCGGUUCUUGCUGAACGACAUCAUCAAAGACUACCCGCAGGCUGUCAAGGAACGUCCUGAACCCUCGAAAGCAGUGUUGACUGGCGCUAUCAGUGCUCUUGCGUCUAUCAUCCAACGUUUAGACACAGCUAUCAGCAGUAUCGCAGACAUCUGUCGAGAGGGACUGCUGCAAGUUCUGCAACAUCCAAGCUUCACAGUUCAGGUGCAAACAUCUAGGACCUUACGAGCUUUCAUUCUCGCUUGCCCGCAGCAAUUGCUGCCAGCGGUGACGAUAUGCAUGAAUAGUGUCAAGCGCGAGCUCAAGAUGCUGGGUACCCAGAGGCAGAGCCAACGACGUUGCAUUGCUCAUGCCUAUGGUCUGGCUGCUGUCUUGAGCACCUCCGGACAACACCCGUUGUAUGGCUCCGUUGACGUGUAUGCCAAUGUGCACCAGAUGGCCACGGAUCUCUUGAAAUCGAGCGGCAGCUCCGAUCUACGUGUCUCAUCCUGUCAACUGCAAGUGGCAUGGAUCAUGAUCGGCGGCCUCAUGUCUCUUGGACCAAAUUUCGUCAAAAUUCAUCUCUCCCAGUUGAUGCUGCUCUGGCGCAAUGCACUUCCGAAACCUAUGCUAAAAGAGAACAUGACACAACGGAACAUGCUGGAAGUAAGCUAUUUGGCCCACGUGAGAGAAUGUGCCCUAGGUGCUAUCAAGUCCUUCCUCACCUACAACCAGCGACUCUUGACUUCUGACGUCUCGAGACGCCUUGCAGGUAUGCUCGAAAAUACAGUAGCGUUCCUCCAAAACCUUCCAGCGAAGAGGACGAGCGACGAGCCGGCGAAUCUUCUCAAGCCAGGCCUGCAGCUCCAGGACUUCGAGGUCAUGGUCAGAAGAAGAGUAUUCGAGUGCUUCUCUCAAUUGCUUCGCCUUAGUCCUGCUGGGAGUAUCGAAGCUACAGCUCAUUCCAGCAUCCUGCCGCUUGCAGUCGCAUCUUUCUCAGAUUUGGAGCACGACGCACCGAAUUCUCUGAGCGCCGCUAUCGCAAGUGCAACAGCCACAUUUGAAAGCAUCUGGGAACUCGGCGACAAUUACGGCUUCGGGGUCACCGGAAGGCUCAGAGGUCUCGACCUGCUGAACCCGAUCAACGGCAACCUAGAACGGCAUUGGACGAGCAGGACCGACGUCGAAUCAGAGAUCGACCAAAUACUUCUUUCACCUAUAGGUCGAGCUGCUGAGAACGACCCGACCAGCUGCUAUUUGCCCACUGCCAAUACUGAGGAUGAGCUCCCUGGGCCACCUGCGAGUGAAGCUGUGGACGCAGCAAUAGCGGCAUUUGGACUCAGCUUACCGCUGCAAGGUCCGCGAGUCCAGGAGAGCACUCUCGAGCAAAUAGCUGCGUCAAUGGGAGCUAGUGUCCCGAAGGAUCCUGUGAGGAAAAUCGCGAUUACUGCAAAUGUGUCCUUGGCACUCUUCACUGCGCUGCGCGUAGCGACAGGAGACCUCGGAUCUGCCAAGGGUAACUUACAAAAUGUUAACACAGAGAAGGCACUGCAGAGUCUUCUGCACGUAUGUGUCAAGGAUCCUGACGAAAAUAUUCGCAGUAUGGCAGCCGCAGCACUAGGAAGACUAUGUUCUAGUUCUGGGACUACAUUCACUGGCACGGAAGUCACCCAGCUAACAGAGACAAUUGUGAACAAUAGAGAGCCACAUGUCCGAGCGGGCUGCGCUAGUGCGCUGGCUCACAUACAUUCUCAGCUUGGGGGCAUGGCAGCCGGGCUGCACAUGAAGAACAUUGUUGGCAUACUUAUGUCACUGGCGGCAGACACCCAUCCUCUCGUACACUUUUGGGCAUUGGACAGCUUGUCGCAGAUCGCAGAAUCUGCGGGUCUCAACUUCUCGGGGUAUGUCACCAGCACCAUCGGCAUGCUCAGUCAGCUCUAUGUCUCGGACGGACACAAUGAAGAAUCGCCGUCGCAGGCGUCUUCGAAUAUGACAAUGAGCCUGCCUGUGACUGCAGCUAUAGCACGAGGUGUUGACUCAAUCAUCAAUGUGCUUGGACCUGAUCUUCAAGAUGCCGCGAAGGCUCGAGACAUGAUAUUGACAUUAGUCCGCCUAUUCUCGCAGGAGGCCGAAGUCGCUGUCCUUCUCGAGAGCCUCAGAUGCUUCGAGCAUCUCUCGCUUUACGCUCCUGGCCACAUGCAGUUCGAGCAAUACGUGCAUCGACUCCAGUCAGACGCGGAUUCGCCAUCAAAGGAGAUCGCUUCAACUGCGCUGCAUGGCCUGUUUGGUUUGAUGCGACGCGAUGCGCCGGAAAUCAUACGCACUGCUCGCCCUGGUCUCGAGAAUCGUUUAUGGGAUUGUCUCAAUGAAGAGCCUGGCCAGAAAUCAAUACAGAACAUCUUCUCGAACUGGCUGCAGCAGACUGGCACGAGCGACCCUGGAGACUGGAUUGAAAGGUGUAAUACGAUCUUGACCAAGACUGUGGUCAAAGCGGAACAGGAGUUGAAAACAGCGGUGCCGGCCUCAACAGCCGGCCCAGAUCUUCAAGACGAAGAGGUGGCAGGUUUUGCCAUCACUGCUGGUGCACAGAAGGAAGAUGAUUCCCAAGCCUCGUCUUCUGCACAAGAGUUGAUGCGAUGGCAAGUACGACUUUUCGCUAUGGAGUGCCUGCGAAACCUGAUCGCCAUGAUCAGAAAGCAAGCUGCAAUCAGUGAUGACAGCCCAGGAGAGGCUGCACUCCAGAGCAAGGUGGCGGAUGUCAUUCGCAUCGCUUUCUCGGCCUCCACUGCAGGAGUGACGUCGCUGCGAGUUGUCGGCAUGCAAAUUAUCGACCAGAUCCUUAAGAUGUUCGGGAGAACUCCAGAUCCUGACUUCGCGGAGGCAAUGCUGCUGGAGCAGUACCAAGCGCAGAUCAGCUCUGCCUUGACCCCUGCUUUCGCAGCAGACUCCUCGCCUGAGCUUGCGGCCGCGGCGGUCAAUGUCUGCGCGACGUUCAUUGCAACAGGCAUUGUUCGCGACGCUGAGCGUAUGGGACGGAUCCUGAAGACACUUGUUUCUGCUCUUGACAGCUUCUCGCGCGAUACAGAUACCGCUGCUAUCGGCGAUCUAAAAGGUCUCACUGCUAACGCGCAAGUCAUGGUCCGGAUGGCGGUGUUCUCAGCCUGGGCCGAAUUACAAAUAGCCAGCGGCGACCAGGAGUACCUGGUGGAGAUCGUGAGACCUCACAUCGCUCAGCUCGUGCCACUCUGGAUAUCUUCUCUGCGAGAAUACGCACGGCUGCGUUUCGAGCCUGACAUUUCGGCAACCACAGCUACUCCAGCGACAUCAGGUGAUCUGGACAUGGUCUACGCCGCACUGAACAGGGAGACCUUGCUCAAAUUCUACCAGGCUUCCUGGCUGAGUCUUGUCGACGCCAUUGCUAGUCUGAUCGACGAGGACAGUGAGUUCGUAUUCGAUGCUCUCGACAACAAAGACACAGAGCAGGACAGCACUGCGAAGGAUCCUGGUGCCGUCAAUGGCAUUGCCCGGCGUGCGGCAGGGAUCAAUUACCGGGAAGAGCCAGUAGCAUUCUUCUUCGUGCUGUACGGUCUGGCUUUCGAGUCGCUUGCUGUUCGCAGCGGCGAUGACGACGUCCUGAUACGGCAAAAGAAUCUCGACAUCCUCGCCGCUCUUAAAAAGAUUUUGCGGCCAUCAGUCUCCGGCAAUGCCGUCUAUCAAGAGGUGGUCUUUGCAGAAACAAUGGACCUGCUCGAUCGCAUGGUUCUGACAGAAAGUCUGGGAAUGCAGGGCAUCAUUGUGGAUAUCGCCCGCAACUUGUGCAUUGUGCAUCCUUCAUCCCGGAAGGGCCAGCAGGAUCCUACUAGUGAAGACACACUCUCCGAUGAUAUCGAGCAAUUGUUCGAGCUGACGCGUAUCAUCAUUCUGGUCAUUGCGGGAUUGGUACCAGGCCUCACCGAAACUCCCGUGGCAGGGCAUCUGGAGAACUCAGAAGAAGCGACCAACCUAGUCCGUGAUGCUCUUCAGGCGCUGGUCGAUGUAUCCGAAGUGUUCCCGUCCAUCAUCAAAACAGAUCUGCACGCAUCGAUCUUGAACAUCUUCGUCACGAUUCUCGGAACGGCGAGUUGUCAGGCUGUAGUUGUACCUCAAGCACUGCCAAUCUUCAGGCGUUUCGUGUCGAGUCUUGCCGAGGAUGAAAGGCCGGAGACGAAGCAGCAGAUCCAAAACACUUUGAAACGCAUGUUGGCAAUUCUGCGGAACGCACAAAAGAGAGAGACGGAGGCGAGCUUGCCUUGCGAAAAGAAUACGCUCCUCGCCGUCACGGUCCUACUCUCUACAGCGCAGUCGUACUUUGGCGCUGAUGACCCUCUCGUCCUUCGCUUCGUCAACGAGCUUCGAGAAUGUCUCGCUGCACCCAUGACCACCAGAACGGCUGCGGGAUGCUAUCGGACUCUGGUCAGUCAAGGCGUUGCUCCUCGCCUGACUUUCUCACAUCUUGUCGGCUUCGUGCUCGACGCAUCUGACCUCGAAGGCAUCGCGGAGUCGAGACACGUGGCGGCUCAAACACUCACAAUGGCCGUUGGCAAGCUGGCGCCGGACCAAAAGCCAGCGGCAGUGAUGCUCCUAAUCGACGUGCUGCUCAGCUGUGCGGGCAAGGACGGUCCUUCAUCGCACCAAGUUUUCGCAUCUCGUUUACUUGAGCUGGCCGCCACGGAUAAUGCCACAUUCCGAAGCAUCAUUGGCAGCAUGUCUGGCGGUAAGAAGCAAUUGAUGGAGCAGAUAUUGAAAUCGCAAGCGGGCAACCGCGGCGCCAGGCAAGAUGGCGCCGAGGAUCGCGAGCCCACAAUCGCGCUCAAGAUGAACUUUGGUGCAUGAUUGAUGAUAGACGAAAGAGUUGCAUUGCGAUGCCACCACUAUGGCGGUCGUCAUUCCAUCAUGCGGCUAUUAAUGAUGCUUCAUCGUACAGUACAGCUAGUGAUAAUGCUCGCUGGCACUAUGCAGUCACUCAAAUACCCAUGCAAGCUCGCGCGGCCUUUGCCAGCGUCGGCGGCAGUCAUCGUGGUUCCACUCUCCUGCCC